AUGUCACGGGUUAACACACUUGUUUUGGAUGCAGGUCCUCUCAUAAAUCAGCCGGCUGCCUCGCUCCAGCAGUACGCUUCCAACUUCGUCACCACCCCGGGUGUGUUUGCCGAACUGAAAGAUGAGAACGUCAGACAACAAGUUGUUCUGUGGGGAGAUUCGCUGAAGAUCAGACACCCCAAGUCGGCGUCUAUCAAGGCUGUAGUUGACUUUGCUCGGUUAACGGGUGAUUCUGCCGUUCUUUCGACAAACGAUAUCCAUGUGAUUGCGUUGGCUUACGAGAUUGAAUGUGAAAUGAACAAUGGUGAUUGGAGGCUAAGGAAAUAUCCUGGUGAGAAGAAGAUGAGGCGCGUUGCCAAAACUGACGAAAACGAAGAGAAGGAGUCCACAAAUGAGGCUGAAAAAGAUGUUCAGAUCGAGUCAAAGUCCGAGUCUAACCAAGGCUGUGCAUCAGAGCCAGAGCCAAACCAACAAAGCGCAGCCAUAAAGAAGCCCCGUCGCAGAGGCGGAAAGAGACAUAAGAAAAAGACCGAUGAUACAGAGCUGGCAGCUGGACUGGAACUGGUUUCUAUCAAGGAGGACGAAUGGGAGGUUGUUGGCGAAACCGGCAAGAAAGAGAAUACCGGUCUCAGUGAGGAGUACGAUUUAGAAGACGACGAGACGGAAUGGAUAACCACGGAGAAUGUCGAAGAAGAGAUCGUGAAGGAUCAAGGCGAGCAAAUAGAGCAGGAAACUAGUCGGUCCAUGAUCAAAGUUGCACUGGCAACUGGUGAUUUUGCGUGUCAGAAUGUGGCUCUUCAAAUCGGACUCAAUCUCAUGAACACGAUGUCAGGAAUGAGAAUUAAAAGAGUAAGAAACUAUAUGUUGCGAUGCCAUGCUUGCUUCAGGCUAACUGCAAUCCCCAAAGACGGAAGACCAAAACAUUUCUGCUCUUCUUGUGGAGGAGCCACUCUUCUGAGGUGUGCAGUCUCUGUUGAUUCCAAAACGGGAAUGAUCACUCCACAUUUAAAGAAAAAUUUUCAAUGGUUCACUCGUGGUAACAAGUACUCGCUGCCAUCGCCAUUGUCAAAGGCACAAAAUCGUCGUGUUGGAAACGCUGGUUACCAGCACAAGCGUGAGAACAACCACCAGGAGAUCUUGUUGCUGAGGGAGGACCAGAAGGAGUAUCAGCAGGCGGUCAAGGACGAGAUGUGGCAGAGACGCCAGAAUGAUAAGCAUGCAGAUGAGUGGAUCGGUGGUGGAAGUGCUGACGGCUAUGUAUCACCGUUUUUUUCGGAUCAAAUACGGCCUUCUGGAGUGAAGGUUAAUAGAGGCAGACAUGCGAAUGCUGUGAGGAAGCCAAGGUCGUGA